AUGCGUUUUGGCCGUCUGUUUGUCCUGUUCGCAAUUGUUGCGCUAUCACUCCUGGAACUCAAUGGGCUCGUGUCCUCGAGGGGAGUAGGAGUCGUGCGUCGACAGGAACAGAAUAGUGUUUCUGCUAGCACUUCUUCCGAGAAUAAUGGACCUUCCCCAACAUCUUCCUCUGUCGCGUCCUCGAGUACGGGCGAGAAUGAGAUUUCUUCAACAUCUAGCAGUGUGAAGCAGACAGCUUCUGCGACAGUUUCAAAUACACCUGAAGGGACGACUGUUGCGAGUAAUUUUGGUUCUCCAAAUAUAAAUCCUGAAGAUGAGGUCUACAAGGGUGGGCUUCCCAUCAAGCCUAAAGUCACCCCAGGAAUGGCCGUUGCAGGCGUUGCCCUACUGCUCACUGGAGUUCCCUAUUGCCUAAUUGGCAUAAAGAUAAAAUUUCUACAAAUAUUCUUAUCGACGUUUUUCCUAUCUGGACUCGGCGUCACGGUCUUAAUCGUCUACGUUAUGAACCCACCAGUCAUAGAUGCAAUUCAGGGCGCAUACGUCACUGCAGUUAUUAUAACAGGGAUCCUAACGGGCGGCCUCGCUGUUGUGUUUCCAGAGGUUACAGAGGCACUGGGUUGUCUUCUUGGUGGUUUCUGUGUUUCCAUGUGGUUUCUUGUGCUCAAGCCGGGUGGGCUUGUAGACUCGAUUUAUGGAAAGCUGGCCAUAUGCGUUGAUAUUUUCGCUCUCGUUCUCGGGGCUACGGCAAUCGUGCUGGGGAUUGAUUGCUUUUCUACGGCUGGGUUGAAAGAGUUUUGGAUAUAUAUCUGGGAUCUCAAUGAUAAUAUAUUCCCUCUUGAGACUAACACGUACCCCCACACACGUGGUAUCCGUGUUGAGAUUGCCGUAAUAAUUCUCAUAACCGCAUUUGGAAUUAUGUCCCAGGUUAAACUCUGGAAAAUCCUCAAAGAGCGCCGUGAAGCUAAAGACGCUGAGAAACGUCAACAAGUAGCCGACCUUGAAGCACUUGACGAGGAUGUUGGCCGAAGAGUGGAAGAGGGUAAUAGAGAGGAACGUGCACAAUGGGAAAUGGUUUAUGGCGGAAAAUCAUCAGAGGAAGUCACUGUGAACGAGAGGCCGAACACCGGUAAGAUGAGCCGCACAGAUUCUGGAAUUGGAGACGAUGAUCUCAGAAAGAAGAGCGGGGAAGCCAAGAACGGAGAAACAGAGGAGUUCGUAGAGACUGAGGAAAUGAGAAGAGAACGAGAGGAACAUAUGGCAAUGGAGAAUGGAAACCAGUCGGCUGAGGUUCCAGGCCAACAAGCCGGACAAGAAGAGCAAGAUAGGAUCAUGCCCAUACCGGUAGGCACAGACGAGUCUACCAACGAAGUUGCACGCUAUUCCGAGGAAAUCAAAAUGCGUAGGUCGAGUCAAUCUCAGAGAGUCUCAUCCCAGCCCGCGUCUCUAGCACCGGAAACUCCCACCGACAGGAGAGUUAUCACACCAACACCCGAAGUCAUACCCCUACCAAUCCCGAUACCUAUGGAAGACGAUGAAAAGGAUGGAGACGAUGUCUCUUCACUUGCUACAUGGGCAGGAGAGUCUAAUAGGAGCGAUAUGCAGGAAGAUCAAAUACUUGUAGACAUCAUCACCACACCCAGGUUUCUCAAGCGAGAGCAAGAAGAAGAGGAGGAUAGAGCUUCUAGUCUGGCUGCAACUUUAGACGAAGAGGACGAUGCAAUGGCUUCCCGAGUAGACCUACCUAGUCUCAACGAGGCAGAAGAUGUAGCAUUUUCAUUGUCAGUUGAUGAUGAUACAAGUCCUACCAUCACAUCAGCCAAUUUCGUGACUAAUCUGAAUAGUCUGGAGAUAACCCCAGCGACAACUCCGGAUACGAUCCCCAAGAGGGAAGACCCACAGUAUCUCCCGCUUCUUGGACUGAAGACCUUUGAGAGUGGCAAAGACUCGAUCGUAAGUUCGUGGGAUAAGGGUAUAUUCACAGGUGAUCACUCGAAAGCGAACUCGACUCAUCCGACCACACCUACUGUUACAUCGCCUCCAUCAGUCGCGGAUACAUCUUUGAAGGUUCAAAAAAUUUCGGUCAACUUGGCACCUGCGUCGUCUCCUAAAGAAGAUGAACCGGAAUCAUCGACAGUUGGUGUUCCCCAACUACCUGCAAAGUGUUCUAGGGUUGUAAAAAACUACCGUACAAAUGAAUGGGCAAAGCAUUUGGGCGACGCCGAAAAGCCAGAUUUGGAUGAGUUAGCAGAGCCAGUUCAGGAUGAUACCAAUGAUAUCAAGAUUGAGGUUUCGGCCCCAGUUCAUAUGAGAGAGCUCCAGGAGACAUCUGAUAUUCCAUCUCUGCCAACCUCGAGAGCUCCGUCAAGGAUGUCGUUGGCAGAGCAAUUUGUUCCGACUUUGGCGUCGUCAAAUAGCUUUCCUUCGACAGCAACUCCUCCAAUCGUUCGUACUCAACGUUUAUCCUCCACGUCGGAGUUGCCACAGGACGAAAGGUCAUACACACUUUCUCCUGCUGAGCGGUGCAUCUCGCCCGUCGAACGCUGCAUCUCACCGCCAGGUCGACAAACACCUUCGCCGCUACCGCAGCAUACCCUUAUAGGGAAACGAGAGAGUAUGGUCCGUAGUCGCCAAAACUUUACUCCUCUUCCGGAAUACCCGGAGUAUAGUUCUCCCUAUACAUCAGAGAACCAAGAUGGCUUCAGGGUGAAAACACCAGGUCUCAUAAACCAUCCUUUCAUGAACCAGCGUACAUCCACGCCUCAUCCGGCAAUGCUUCCCACUGCCGACAAUGCAAAUUCUCCAAGUCACCAGUACCGGGCUGCCGUUCUCAAUGAUGACAUGUCUCUUAGAGACCGUCGCAACGAGCUCAUCAAUUCGGGCUCUCAUAAUGCGCCCAGUCAAGGGCGUCGAGCUUUCUCGCCUGUGCAGAAGCCAGCAGAUAAGCGUGAAACAAUGUUCCAGACCUGGAGGGACAAUCUUAAGACCGAUUCGAGCAUCCCUAAUAACACCAUACGCGUGGCCUCAGGAGGAAGGGGCGAGAUCCCGAGUGAACGUCAACAACAUGUGUUGGCAGUGGCGGCGGAGAGAAAGAAGGAGACCAUCAUUGAUGAUACGACUGAUGAGAGGAUGAGGCAGAAAGAUAUGCUCGAGCUUCACAGGGAGGCAUUGAGAAGGAUGCAGGCGGGUGCUAACAAGCACAUCAAAAAAUGA